AAAUAAACAAAUUAGAAAAAUAAUAAUAACAAUAAUUUAUAUCAAAAAAAAAAUUUCGAGUGUGUGUAGCGAGAUAUAAAAUUUUUUUUUUUAUUGAAAAGGAUCAGUGUAUGAAGAAAAGGGGUGGUUAAUAUUCGUCAUCUCUCUUUCUCUCUCAAGAGAGCGUGUGUUUUUUUUUUAAAUUUGUUUAUAGAUUGUUUAAAAAAAAAUAGACAAAAACAAACAUUGUUUUUUUUCUAAAUAUCUACAUGGAUGUAUCGCACACACCAACGCACAAACAAUAAAGAAAAAAAAAAAAAUAAAAAUAAAAUUUAAUUAUUUAAUAUAAAAUUAAUUAAUGAAUGAUUAGAUUAAUAAUUAAAUAAUAAAAUAAUUUAUUUUGUGAUGAUUUAAAGUUUUAAAAAAAAAAAAAUUAAUAAUAAUAAAAUUUGAAAAACAAUUACAUAAAUAUAAUGAUAAAAUUGACGUAAGAAUGUGUGAAAGGGUAGCGCGGGAUGCGUGUCGUCUCCAUGCUUUAAUCGGGUGGUCAGGAUGGUUGUCUAGCUUGUCUAGUUUAGCCAUCAUAAAAUUAUCAAUAAUCGUCAUCUAGCUUUUUUUUUUAUAAAAAACGCUAGUUUUGUCUUCCGAAUAGCCUGGACAACACAGCAUGAAGGAGAUGCUUGGAGGGUGCUGUGUGUGUUCUGAUGAGAGGGGUUGGACUGAAAACCCAUUAGUUUAUUGUGAUGGACAGGGUUGCACUGUUGCUGUACAUCAAGCGUGUUAUGGUAUUGUAACAGUACCAACUGGACCAUGGUUUUGCCGAAAAUGUGAAUCACAAGAACGUAGUGCAAGAGUUCGAUGUGAAUUGUGUCCAAGUAAAGAUGGGGCACUUAAAAAGACAGAUCAACUGGGAUGGGCCCAUGUUGUUUGUGCUUUGUAUAUACCAGAAGUACGUUUUGGUAAUGUCACAACAAUGGAGCCAAUUAUACUUCAAUUAAUACCUGGAGAGCGUUUCAACAAGACGUGUUAUAUUUGUGAGGAAAAAAAUCGAGGAAGUAGAGCAACAGUUGGUGCAUGUAUGCAAUGUAAUAAAACUGGUUGUAAACAACAAUUUCAUGUAACAUGUGCACAAGCACUUGGUUUACUUUGUGAAGAAGCUGGUAAUUAUCUUGAUAAUGUAAAAUAUUGUGGAUAUUGUCAGCAUCAUUAUUCAAAACUUAAAAAAGGAGGUAAUGUUAAAACAAUACCACCAUACAAGCCAAUACAGGCUGACAAUGGAUCAUCUGAUUCAUCACCAGAAAAAGAGGCAGAUGUACCAUUAAAAACAUCAACAAAUACAACAAAACGUAAGGGAUCAAGUUCAAAAUCAACAAGUUCAAAAAAUAAAUUAAAUCCUUCUCCUAAUAAUGAAAUAAAUGGUGUUAUUAUUGAUGAUAAAAUAAGUAGUAGUGGUGGUGGUGGUGGUGGUGCUAAUAAUAACAAUGAUGCUAAUGAAAAUAAUAAAGAUAUUAAUACAGGUAGCAGUAACAAAUUUACAAGUUCAAAUUUUGUUGAAACAACUGUAACACAUUCGGAGAGUGUAUUUGGUAAUGAAACACCAACUGGUACCACACAACAACAAAUAACAACAACAACAACAUCAUCAUCAUCAUCAUCAUCAAAAACAUCAGUUACAAAUCAACAAAAAAAUACAAAUAAUCAACAAAAAUCAAGUUCAUCAUCAUCAAGUUCAAAAUCAUCAUCUGGACAUCAUCAUCAUCAUCAUACUAGUAAAAAACGUAAAACAGGUGCACGUACACCAACAGUACAUAUUAAUGACAAUUCAAAUAAUUCAAUAAGUUCAGAAACAAGUGGUACAAAUAUUAUUGGUACAUCAUCAAAUCAACAAUUACCAAUAAAUACAAUAUCUUCAAUAAUUAAUGAAGCAACUAGUUUAACAACAACAACAACAACAACUGAUAAUGAUAAAAAUAAAAAAUUAAAAAAUGAUAGUACAAGUAAUUCAAGUGUUGUUGGAACAACAGUAUCAACACCACCAACAACAACUUCAACAACAAAUGAUGUUACAUCAACACCAGUUAAUACAACAACAACAACAACAACAUCAUCAUCAUCGACAACAACAACAGCAAUACCAACAACACCAGCUAAUAGUAUUGUCGUGUCUGUACCACUUGCUGCAACAACAUUAACAAGUUCAAUGCAAAGUACUGUAACAAGUGCACCAACACUUUAUCAACAAUUACAACAAAGUAUGAUUACAACAGCUGCUAAUAAUGAUACAAGAUUUACAACAACAGCUCAUUCUGAUAAUCAAUUUAACAAUGAUAAUGUACCAGCUAAAAGAUCAAGAUCUCAAUCAUCUGAAAAAUCAGAUAAACCAAGAAAAACAAAAAGAGGUUCAUCAUCAAAUAGUCAAUCAUCAUUGUCAAUAUCCCAAUCUCCACAAUCAACAACAGCUCCAUCAACAAUAACAACAUCAACAACAAAUUCUGGAGUAGUUGUAACAACAACAAAACGUAGUGGAAGAAGUAGUAGCAAUAAUAAUAGUAAUAAUAAUAAUAAUAUCAACAAUAAUAAUAAUCCAUCUUCACCAUCAUUACCACCUCCACCACUUCCUCCUCCUCUUCCUCCUCCACCAUUAACAACAUCAUCAACAACAACAACAACAACAACAGCAGCAGUAGCAAUAACAACAUCAACAACGUCAUCAACAACAACAAGCACAGUGGCUCCUGUUGCGUCAAUAAUACAAGGACCCACGCUGGGUACUGGUCAUUUUAGCAGCGUGGGAACUGGUUCUGGUAAUACAAUGGGUCCAGUUGUUAAAGAUUCACCACCAAGUUCACCUGGUUCUGAAAGUAUGAGUAGUACUGGUCCUGGUAGAAGAAAGCGUAAAAGUACUGGUGGUGGAGUUGGUGGAGUAGGUGGUGGCGGUGGUGGUGGUGGUGGGAGUACAACAACACCAAUACCAUCAGCAUCAACAACACCAAAUCAAUUAUUAUUAAAUAAUACUAAAGAUGAAAAAGAUGUUAAAUUAUUUCAAAAUGGUAUUGGUGCACCACAUAUGCUUGGUAAUCAAUUAAAUCCAUCAUCAACAAUGGCACAAAAAAUGUCUGAUACACUUAAUCAAGAAUUAGAAGCACAUUCAAUAUUUACUGAAACAAGUAAUUCAUCAAAUUUAAUUGGUCCACAAUUACAUAGUCGUGUUAUUGCAUCGAUAAGAUCAAGUCAACCAGCAGCACCACCAGCUACGUCAUUUUCAUCUGUAUUUUCAACAAAUAGUAAUAAUACAAAUUCAAAUGCAGCUGGUGCACUUGGUGGUGGUGCAAUACCACAAACAUUAGAUCAACUAUUAGAAAGACAAUGGGAACAAGGAAGUCAAUUUCUUAUGGAACAAGCUCAACAUUUUGAUAUUGCAUCAUUACUUUCUUGUUUACAUCAAUUACGAGCUGAAAAUUUACGUCUUGAAGAACAUGUUAAUAGUCUUUUACAAAGAAGAGAUCAUUUAUUGGCAGUUAAUGCGCGUUUAGCAAUACCAUUGACAACACAGCCAAGCAGUCAUCCACCAAAUAAUAUACAUGCUGGUGUACCGAGUAAUCUUCAUCCACCACAAAAUGUCAGUGGUCAUUCGGACAGUCAAUCUGGUGGUUCAUCACGUAUUAAUCGUGAUUCACGUGUUAAUAAUACCUACAUGCCACAUUCAAGCUCAGGUGGUCAUACAACACCAAUGGAAAAUGGUUUACCACCAAAUCCAUCACCACCUGCUGCUUCAUCUGUUCCACAAUAUUCACACAGAGGUUCACUUGUACCACCACAACCAAGUCCAACGACAAUUAGGCAUAGUCCAGCAGCAAGUAAUUAUCAUCAAGGACAAUCAAGUAAUAUUGUAUCACCAGCAAAUAGAAAUUCAUCAGCAACACCAGAUCCACUACGUGGUGUACCUAGGUCGGUGCCACAGUCGUCAGGCAGUUAUAUGUCAUCAAUGUAUCAUCCACAACAACAACAACAACAACAACAACAGCAACAACAACAACAAGUGAUGUCAUCAAAUCUUUCCAGUAAUCAAAUACACAAUCUACACAAUCCACAUGGUCCAUCAACGACGAGCCAUCAUGGCCAAAGUGGUAAACCAAGCUGAAGGUGAAUUUUUAAAAAAUAUAUAUUAUUAAUUAUUAUAAUUUUUUAUUCAUAAAAUUAAUAACAUAAAAAACCACACGCGUUAAAAACUGCACGUAAAAAUAGAGUAAAAAAAACAAUUUAAAAUUUAUUAAUUUUUCUUUUUUAAAUAUAUUUUAUAAUUUUUGUUUUUAACAAUUAUUUUUUGUUAAAUUGCUGUACAUGCAAUUGGGUUCUUUUUUUUUUUUUAUUAUUUGGUUAUUGUUUAUUGGUUUAUUUUUUUUUUUUUUUCCUGUUGAUAUAAAAUAUGUUUAUUAUUUUUUUUGUCUUUAGAAAAUAAUUUUUUGGUGCAUAAAUUACUUAUUUCAUAAUUUGUUUAUUUAUUAUUAUUUUUUUCUAUAAAAAAAACAAUCAUUAUCAGCCUGGGAACCUGAAACUCAUGUCAAUUUUAAAAAUUAAAAAUUAAAAAAAUAAAUUACAAUCAGAUAAAAUUAUUAUUAAAUAAAUACUAAACGUUAAGAAUAAAUUGAAAAAUAAAAUGUUGUUUAUUUUUUAUUUUUUAAAUAUUGACAUUGAAUUUUGAUAAUUAAAAAAAGGCCAGAUUAAUUGUGUACAAAUUUAUGAAAAUAAAAUAAAUUAAUGGUAAAUUAUUAUCAACGACGAAUAGCAAUAAUUAUCUAAAUGUAAAUUUAAAAAUAUUUUACACAACCACAAUUUUUAUUAAUUUCUUUUUUAAUUAAUUGACAACAAAAAAUCAUUAAAAAGACAAGCACUGCCUUCCACAAAUAAGAGCUGUGAAUUAAAUUCAUCAUCAAUCAUAAUUAUAAUUUUCAUUUUAAUUAUUAAAUCCAAUGGAAAUAUUAAUUGUAAAAUUAAUCAUAAGACUAGUGUAUAUCUUGAAGCAGCAAUAAUUUUAUAUAAACAAAAUAUAUAUAUUUAAAAAGAAAAAUAAUAACAAUAAGAGCAAAAUGUGCUUAACUCUUCCCGCAAUUGUUCAUCUUUCAAAAAUAAUAAUUAACAAUUAACCAAAGAUAAAGAAAAAGAAUUUCUAUUGUUUUUUUUUUAAAUAAAGUUAAUAAAUAAUUGACGACAUAUCGAAAUUCAUAAUAACAAAUUGGCUGAUGUAUAUUUUUAAAAGUUGAUAAUUCGACAAGACAAUUAAUCAAUGAGAUAAAAUCAAAAAUAAAUAAUGAUAAUAAUAUAAACAAUUGGUCAAUUUGUUUUUUGUUUUAAGAGGAUAAAAGAUAAUUUUUUUUGAAGAAAAAAAAAACUGAAAAACAAGUGAAAAAUUGUGGUUUAAUAGUAACAUGUGUAAAUUAAUAAUUCGUCGUUAAUGAUAAGGCCUAGAUAAUAUAAUUGUUGACCUCAUAAUUGAGCUUACAACAUGCGAAAAAAAAGCACCAAGUUGAUGAUUAAUAAAUCGACAAUUUAUUA